AUGGCCAGAUCUCUACCCAAACUCAUCCUCAUCACGCUUUUCUUCCCUCUAACCAUCUUCGCCGCACGAUCCCAAACAUCCGCCCGCAGCCUGUCGAUCGAAGCUGGGCCGAGAAGAUUGGAGAAGCUGAGCCACCUCCACUUCUACUUGCACGAAAUGUUCACUGGCCCAAACUUCACCGCCACACAAGUAGCCUCCGCCCCGACCUCUAGCCAGUCGGCCACAUCCUUUGGCACUGUCAUUGUGAUCGAUGACAUGCUGAAGCUGGGCCCUGACGCAGGCUCAAAGCUUGUUGGCCAGGCCCAAGGCCUCACGUCAUCGGUGUCGCAGUCCGGGUCGGCCUUGUUGAUGGCCGCAAACUUUGUGUUCAGCGAAGGCACGUUCAACGGGAGCAGGAGCACUCUUGAGUAUGCUCGGAAGGAACAGCUUGGCGCUCGAGGUGAGGAAUAUGGCGAUUACAGGAGGGACUGGAGCUUUCCAGCUCGCACGCGGUUAUGUUCGGACCAAGACUCACUCCAUUGA